AUGGCACAGCUGAGUGAAGGAGGUCUGACUGAGAAGCCUGUUACAGUGGCAUCAACCGAGAACCCCUUAGGAGAAAGAGUAAAUAUCAAGGUCCAAGCACCAGUGGCUCAUGUAGACGACUUACGUGCAGAAUCUCUACCUGGUGAAAACAAAGAAUCCCCAUCACACUCUCCACAUGGGUCUGCAUCCGAUGCUGAACCUUCAUUAGAGUUCAAAACAGAGGAAUCAAGACCUGCAAACCAAAUUUCACAAGAGUUGCCACCUGCAACUCAACCUGUGCCUACAUCAGUCUCCACACCUGAAUCAAUUACUGAGACAACAGAAUUCAAAGAAGAACCCUCAGUAGAGUCCAAAGAAGAAAAAGAAGCAAAAAAGAAGAAACCAAAACUUCUUAAUAAAUUUGACAAAAUAAUCAAAUCUGAGAUCAGUGCUGCAGAGAAAUUACGCAAUAAGGGAAAAUUUAAGGAAUCUCUCCGUGCUUUUGAAGCUCUUGUCCAGAAAUUCCCACAAAGUCCGAGAUGCCGAUACGGCAAAGCCCAGGCAGAAGAUUAUUUGGCAGAGAAAAUUCAAAGUAAUGAGAUGCUCCUGAAGGCACUGAACACAUACAGAGAAGUAGCCGAGCUCCCAGACGUACCACCUGACCUCAUCAAAGCCACAUUAAAGAGACGUGCAGAGAUACAACAGUUCUUAGGUCGUACACGGGGAUCUUUAGCCACUUUGGAGAAGCUAGUUCAGAUUUUCCCAGAAGACAUCAGCCUAAAGAAUGACUUGGGAGUGGCACAUCUGCUUCUGGGUGACAACAAGGGUGCAAAACGAAUAUACGUUUUAGCUCGUGCCCCAGAUGAUGGAUUUGCUAAAGUGCAUUACGGGUUCAUACUUAAAUCUGAAAACAAGAUUGCAGAGAGCAUACCGUACCUGAGGGAAGGUUUGGAGUCUGGAGAGCCAGGAACUGAUGACGGAAGGUUUUACUUUCAUCUUGGGGAUGCUUUACAGAGAACAGGAGACAAGAGUGCCUAUGACUGGUAUGAGGCAGGGCAUCGGCAAGGUCACUUUGCCUCUGUAUGGCAGAGAUCUCUGUAUAAUGUCCCAGGGCUUCGUGCUCAACCCUGGUGGAUGACUGAAGAGUCUGGAUAUACAGCUUCAGUCAAGAUGUUGGAACGUAACUGGUUGACCAUUAGAGAUGAAGCACUGUCAGUGUUAGACAGCAACAGUGGGCAGUUCUUGCCUGAAGAUGAAAAUCUGAGAGAGACAGGAGACCGGGGCCAGUUUGCACUGUGGCAGCAGGGUCGAAAGGUUGCUUCUUCAUGUCGCUAUGUCCCAAAAACCUGUGCUUUGCUGGAACAUUACCCAGAGGCCACUAGCUGCAAAAGAGGCCAGAUACAAUUUUCAGCAAUGCAAGCUGGUACUCAUGUAUGGCCUCACACUGGUCCCACCAACUGUCGUCUAUGAAUGCAUCUAGGCCUUGUCAUCCCUUCUAAGGGAUGCAGGAUUCGCUGUACAAACCAAACAAGGGAGUGGGAAGAAGGAAAAGUGUUAAUAUUUGACGACUCAUUCGAGCAUGAAGUCUGGCAGGAAGCAGAAAGCUACAGACUCAUCUUCAUUGUGGAUGUCUGGCACCCAGAACUCACCCAAUUACAGAGGCAGACUCUGUCACCAAUAUAGAAGAUUUGUCCAAAAACUUGAGUUUUGAAAAGUAGGUCGACAGCCAAUCGGAGUGACAGAUUUACUGUUCUAAGCCAAUCACAGAUUUCAUAAAUCACAAAUAUCAAUUGUGCUGUCCUGUGGUGCAGAUUGCAAGGCAAUGUGAAUGUAUAAGUCUUAUGAUUGAUAGUUGUAAAUAAUAUGUGAUUUUUGAAGAACAUAAAGGAUGGAUUUAGAAGUUCAAGGGUUUUAAAAGGACAUUUCACCUAAUAUUCAAGAUCUUAAAUCAGGUAAAGCAAAUAUGAUUUAAAAUCAUGUUUCAGAAGGAUGUUUUUAGGGC